UGAUAAAUAUUUCGCAUCCCCAAGCCCUCGGUUAAGCUACUCUGUUGUUUUGCCUAUUUUUACUUUCCAGCCCCACGAGAGUACUUCCUCAAAGAUCUUUUGCARUGUCAUUGUGGAGAUAAACAGCGCCGUAAAGGGACAAAACUGUACAAGUGUUUGGAGAGCCAAGAGUUGUGUCGUCAUAUCUCUGUGUUAGACCCUAAUGACGUCCAUGAAGAGGAAAAAAUCCCUUGCUGUGUUGACAAACCUUCCCGUCAUCCAACAAAACAAAAAUWUAAACCAAAAAUACAAACAAACAAGCAAACAAAUCGCCUUCAAGCAAAAAGAAACAAGUAAAAUAAAGAAAAAAAUGACAAAAUAGCUUUCUACUAAACACAAAAUAACYAAGAAAWAAUAUCAUAUUGAUCGUUUUCACCCAUUCCCAUGAGAUUUAAGACCGRYSGYCAUGCUGGAGGAAUGAAUAAUAGAUGCUAUUGAGAAAUUCGAAAUUCGAAAUUUGGGAGAUGAAGUGGAGAAGCUCGAUAAAGGCCUUAUGCGMCACUUGGUGCGAAACAGCGCGAUGAAUGAGAAAUUCUUAGUUAAAGUUCCUCCAAGAUGGCCACUGUGACGUAACCUGAAAACGGAGAAUAUAUGAAGAGGGAUUAUAAUUAAGUAGAAUGAAAUUAGACGAAACACCAACUUAAAGCUGUAAUCGACAUUGACGACAAAAAAUACAAACAAAAAAACAAACAACAACACGAAAUCAGAAUAACAAUCAUCAUUCAUAUUUUCGGAACGACCUGUGAGUUACAUAACACUUUUCUGUAUCUGUUUCAUGAAGAAAGAAUUAAUGGACUUUUUGAUGAAAUUACUUAAUUAUGAAUGCGUGUGGGAUCUCCUAUAGAAUUGUCCUGAAUUUGACUUUGUGUUCAACAAUGGCUGACAUAUGAAUCAGAUCACGCCAAUGGUUGCUGUGUAAGGUAUUAUUAAGUCACCUUAUCUCAUAAGCAAGCAAGGAAAGCUUAAUCAGUUAGCAGCAGGAGACUUGCCAGUUCAUUGAAUAUUUAAUUAAAAUUUGUUUAAAAGAUACGAAAAGAAAGUUUUUUUUAUAUGAACAGUAGUUUGCAGAGCGCGAGAAAGAUGUUUAGUCGUGUUGGCAUUCUUUUUCUCUCUCUUUUCUAUGUUUUUGGUUAUAAGGCAGCAGCAUCAGCUAGUCCACAAAAUGAAAGAACGUUGAAGGCAAUGAAAGAUAUGUCACUCCAAGGUCACGUGAUAUCAUCACAUGACGUGACGUCACCAAUUGACUGCAGYUUCUUCUGUUCAUCACAUGACAASUGYAAAUCUUACAAUUACAAACCGAGAGGGGCUGGUGACARYGACAUCUGUCAAUUGAAUAACGCUACAAGACGAACCAACCCAGCAUCGUAUAAGGCUGAUGCUGGCUUUSUUCAUUUUUUCGACCAAUCAGAGGACUUCACUUCGUGCCUCGACUACCUUCGUAAUGGAGCAAAGGAGAAUGGUAUCUAUACCAUCACAGACACCGGCAGAGAGGCUUCCUACCCAGUAUUCUGUGAUCUCACCUCAGAGCCACGCUUUGCCUGGACCUUGAUACUAUCCUUUGCAUUCAAGAACCGAAACAUGACGGAAUUCUGCAACAAAUCGAUGAAAAGGAGUGAGCCAGUUGAAGAAAAUCAUCCAAAUUGGGAAGCUUACCGACUGUCGUUGGGUCGAAUGAGCCGCCUCUCUCAACACUCAACACAUYUGAGAAUCACGACUGGUUUUCCUAUGCAUGGAGUAGACUUUGUAGAUUAUUUGAAAGCCACUUUGUCAAAUGUUCCUGUUCUCAAAGAGGUUGGCAAGGAUAAUUGUCGUAAGGUAAAGUACAUAAGCAUCAGGGGCCACAAGGGAACAGAUAUAUCAGUUGGCAUCACCCAAACGCAGAAGAAAUUUUUCAAUAUUGACAGCUCAAGAUCUCCCUGCAAGUUCGAUGCAAAAGCUGACUCAGUCUCUUCGGAAAAU